AUGCGUAUUUCUGCUGCUUUUGCUUUGGCUGGCCUAGUGGCCGGCUCGGCCGCUGCUGGCUGCCCGUACGCGGAGCGCGCCAAUGACGCUGCUGCUGCUGCUGCUGCUGCUGCUCCUGCGGGCUGUCCCUAUGCUAAGCGCGCCGCUGCUGCUUCUACGAAAGAAACCCCCAGGCUGGCCCGUCGGGGCCCGAUUGAGGGCAAGAAGGGUAUCUUUUACAUGAACCGCAUUGGACCUUCCGGAGGACAGUUAUGGAUCUCGAAUGCCGACGGUACCAACGCGACUCAGCUCAUGGGCAACCAGACCAAUGCUUUCGACUACCACCCUACAUGGUCUCCUGAUGGAGAGUGGAUUGUCUUCACCAGCGAGCGCCGCGGUCCGGGUCAGUCGGACUUGUACCGUGUUCGCGUGGAUGGUUCGGGACUGGAGACACUUGCGGCCACGGACUCUGUUGAAGACAUCGGUGUUCUGUCUCCCAAUGGAAACAAGCUGGCCUACGUUUCUACUCAGGGCAACUACACCACCAACAUCUGGGUCAAGGACCUCACCUCUGGAAAGGCCCAGAACUUGACCGAUACCGAGGCUAACAGAGCCGACAACACCUGGCCCACUGGUCACUUCCGUCCCUCCUGGUCUCCCGACGGAGAGUGGAUUGUCUUCAGUUCCGACCGCAACACCGACUGGACCGGCCACAGCGAUGGUACCGGCUGGGAGCACACCCAGACUCUGGGUGUGUACGCCGUCCGCCCUGAUGGCAGUGACUUCCGCACCGUUAUCCGCCAGGAUGGCUACUCGCUGGGUACCCCCCAGUUCUCGCCCGAUGGCAAGCGCAUCAUCUACAACAACAUGACUACUGAGAACACCUACGGCUGCCAUGGUGUUUCUGCUCAGCAGGAGGCUGUCACCGCACAGAUCUACAGCGUAGACUUUGCUACUGGCUCCAACGUCGUUGCUCACACCUCCGGUAGCUACCCUAAGGUCGGCCAGCACUACAUUGGCAACUCGACCAACAUUGGCUACUUGGUCAAGGCCGGAGACGAGGGUAUUCACUACACCAAACCUGACUUCAGCCACCAGAACUUCAACCUGACCAACCUUCGCGAUCCCUGGUGGUCCCCUGACGGCUCCAAGCUGGUCUACUGGAUCCCCAACUGGACUCAGCAGGCUGCCGACCUGGAGCUCUGGAGCUACGACAACGAAUGGGAAUACCGCUACAUGGAUGUUUUCCCCAUGCACAACACCGUCGUGAACCGUAUUGCGUCCACCCAGAAGGUCCUUGGCAGCGCCAACGGCUCUCUGGUCCACUCUUCCCCUCUGUACACCGACGUUGUUGAUGCUCUCGACUCCUACGACAUCUACAACAUCAGCAACUCCACCGAGGUCGAGUGGCUCCUGGAAGGUAACUCUGGUGCCUUCCAGCCCUCCUGGAACCCCGACGGCACGGAGCUGGUGUCUGGCUUUGGUGCCUGGUUCGUCAGCCGCAGCACAAACACCGCCAAGAUCUACCGUACCUUCGCCAACGGUACCUGGCACACCAAUUUGACUGAUGGAUCCGACAACUCUGGUUUCCCCUCCUGGUCUCCCGAUGGAACUGCCAUCGUCUACCGCAAGUGGAGCCUUGCUACUGAGGCCCCCUUGGGUCUGCACAUCCUGAACUUCACCACCGGCAAGACCCACCAGCUCACUGACGGCUGGGACAACACCCCCGGCUGGUCCCCCGACGGCGAGCGCAUUGUCUUCACCCGCAACAACAACUGGACCGAGUCCUACGGCGCUCGCUGGUAUGCCGAUCGCUUCGAUAUCUACACCAUCCGCCCUGACGGAUCCGAGUUGACCCGCGUCACUGACAGUCUGUCUAACGAUGCUCACGCUGUGUGGUCCCAAGACGGCCGCAUCAUGUGGAGCACCGGUAUGUACGGCUUCAAGGAUGAGAGUGCUCUCUUCGACGACACCUUCCAACCGUACGGCCAGAUCAUGGUCAUGAACUACGAUGGUACCAACAAGACCCUUGUGACGGAUACUAUCUGGGAGGAUUCGAUGCCUCUGUACAUGCCCAACGAGUACCUUGAGUAG